UAGAAUCACCUGUGACGCUGAUGGCACCUGGAGUGAUGCAGUACCACGUUGUACAAUAAAAUCGUGUGGCACUCUUCUAAUUGAAAAUGGGGAAGCGUCUGGUGGAACGGAUUGUGGCGACAGCGUAACUCUCUCUUGUAAUUCUGGAUAUGAGCUAUCAAACACUGAACCAGUUUCAGUACUCUGUACAGAUAGUGGAUGGGAGAGACAUCGACAGACAUGUUCAAGAGUAAAAUGCCCUGAGCCUGAAUCAAUUGAUAAUGGUGCGAUUGAAGAAAAACGCAGUCAAUAUGCUUUUGGUGACACGGUCCGCUAUGCUUGCAACUCAUGCUACGAAUUUGAAGAUGGAACCAGUGAACAGAUAACAGUCACCUGUACCGCUGAUGGCAUCUGGACUGAGCCGUCAUUGGUUUGUAAAAUAAGAACCUGCGGAUCAAUAGAAAUAGACAAUGGGUCUGUUAUUGGUGGAACCAAUUGUGGAGACACGGCUACCUAUACAUGUGACCUGGGAUUCGAAUUGGUUGGGUCAGGUUCCCCAACUGUAAGGUGUACGAGUGAUGGAUGGGAAAACCCAAUACCGAUUUUUGUGUGUUUGGCAACAAAGUGUCCUGAUCCGGGGCAGAUUGACAACGGCGAAACAACAGGUCCACAGGGCCCAUUUACACAGGGCGAUACCUUAACGUUUACAUGUGACCCCUGCUACGAGUUCAGAGAUGGAACCAGCGAAGACCAGGUGUCAAUCACCUGUAAUCCUGAUGGCUCCUGGACAGACGUUUUUCCUGUUUGUCAAGUUAAGUCAUGUGGACCCUUGAUCAUUGAGAAUGGCGUUGUCAGUGGGGGUUCUGAUUGUGGUGACACAGCGACAUAUUCCUGCAAUGAAAACUUCUACUUAUCUGGACCUGGUUCCCCUACAUCUAGAUGCACCCCUGAUGGAUGGGAAGAUCCAACUCAGUUAUGCUCGCCUAAUUGCCCCGAUCCAGGAGUGAUUUCCAAUGGUGACACAAUCUCGAGUGGAGGUCCUUUCAUAGUCGAAGACGACGUUUCAUAUACUUGUGACCCUUGUUACGAGUUCAAGAAUGGAACCAGCCUGCAAGUGACACUUACUUGUAAGGCUGAUGGCACUUGGACUGCAGCAACACCAGUGUGCACAAUUAAAACAUGUGAACGACUGGUGGUGAAUAAUGGCGCAUUGAUUGGCGGGAACAACUGCGGAGACAAUGCUUCAUAUUCCUGUGACAGUCUUUAUGAACUAUCUGGCUUUGGCCCAAUCGUCAUCCAGUGUACAGAAGAUGGAUGGGAACAAUCGGAUCGAAUCUGCAUACUUUCAGAUGUAGACUGUGUGAAUCCCGGGGACGUUGCCAACGGUCGGGUAAUAGGUGAAGUACAAGAAACGUUUACAAGGGGAAAUUCUUUGACAUACACCUGUGAUACUUGUUAUGAGUUCGAGGGUGGAACCAGCGAAGAUCAGAUGACUAUUAUCUGCAGAGCUGAUGGCACCUGGACUGGCGCGAGGCCUGUUUGUAAAGUUAAAACCUGCGAGGACAUUGACCCACCGCAAGAUGGUUUAUUUGCAUCGGAUGUUGAUAACAGAUGUGGUUCGGCAAUAAAUGUAACUUGUAAAAGUGAUUGUUUUGAUCUUAUCGGAGAGGAACAAAUCACUUGUAGUGAGGAUGGAUGGAGUGAAUCACCGACUUGUCAAGCGAGAACUUGUUCUGAGAUACCUCCUUUUGAAAAUGGUAUUAUAAACGAUGGUGGGAAUAUAUCCAGAACGUGUGGGAGUGCGCUACUAUUCGUAUGUAGUGAAGGAUAUAUGAUUGAGGGAGAAAGUUCGUUAACCUGCUCAGGCCUUGGUUGGAGUAAUCCGUUCCCGUCCUGUAAACAAAUACCUUGUCAAGCAUUUACAACACCUGAAAAAAGUGAAGUACUAUCCGGUGAAAAAAUAGACGGCAUUUACUUUCCCGGUGACGUCAUAGAGGUCAGAUGCGAUGAUUGUCAUGCUGCGGGAGGCCAGGUCAUCCAAUCUCUUACAUGCCAGACGGGUGGGGUAUGGGAUAUCGAACCAAUACCAUGUGAACUAUUGGUAUGUGAUGCACCACCUACCAUAGAAAACGGAAGAUUUAGGCCCAAGAAUUUUGAAUGCGGUUCUACAAUUACUUACGAAUGCGACAAAUGUCGUAUGUUACAAGGCCGAGAAAAUGCAACGUGCGUCCAAGAGGGUGCUAUGGCGAUAUGGGAUCAUAAUACACAACAAUGCAUUUUGAAUGUGUGUCCGACUGUCUUGGUACCUGCGGGCGGUGGUAUUGAAGAUGGAACGGCAGAUGGUAAUGUAUGUGGUGAUUCGGUUUCGUUCUUUUGUGAAGAGGAUAAAAACCUGAUAGGUGCUCAGAAAAUAACAUGUGAAGUUGAUGGUACUUGGAAUAAACAGGAACCGGAAUGCAGAGUUGGGGAAUGUCCUGUUGAGGUCCAACUCGAGAAUGGCGAGAUUAUUUCUGGGUUGAGAGAUCCAACUGAUACCUAUGUAACAGGCGACGUACUGGAGUAUGCCUGCGAUAAUUGCUACGGGAUAGAUGGCAGUAAUCUGGUUGAGUGUGGAUUGGAUGGGAGAUGGUCUGCUUUACCCACGUGCACUUUGCAUAUAUGUGGCCCACAACCGUCUGCCCCUGAACAUGGAUUCAUCGAUACAGAUGAAACGGUAUGUGGAACAACAUUGACAUACUCCUGCGAGGAAUGCUACGAACUAAUUGGCUCGCCCACAAGAACGUGUGGAAAUGACGGACAGUGGAGCCCUAUAAACCCACCUACCUGUCAACUUAAAACGUGCUCAGAGCCACCAUUCCGUCCAGACACUGUUGUUACAGGAUCAGCUCGAACGUGUGGUUCUACUGUGACGUACUCUUGUGUCAAUCCACCUUGUUAUAUAUUCAGUGGUUCAGAAAGCAAAACGUGUAUGCCGACUAAGAGAUGGUCACCGUUUUCCGGUCCAACGUGUACAGUUAAAACCUGUCAAAGGAUCAGAGUGGAUUCCCCAGGACAACUAACUCUUUCCGAUUCAUUCAACUGCGGAAGCGUUGCGGCAUUUGGAUGCGUGGAUUGUUGGCAGUUAGUUGGACCAAGAAAUAUAACUUGCAGUGAGGAGGGAUCGUGGGGGACAAAUUUUCCAUCUUGCCAAACUGUGGUAUGUGCAGACCCCAUAAGGCCCCAAAAUGGUAGGGUCACUUACUUUGGCACUGACUGUGGGGAUAGAGCAGUUUAUACCUGCGAUCGAUGUUAUAGACUUGUAGGAAAACCAAUCAUUAUCUGUCAAAGUGAUGGCCUGUAUAACCAUGGUGGCACUUUUCCUACCUGCGUUUUUGACCGAAGCACGUGCUAAUGUCAAACCAGGCCGGGAUACGCUGGCAAAGGUGGACAUCGCGGGCAAGAAACCGGGAACUAGAACGAGAACGUCAUCUUCAUCACCACGACAAUUACAAUUUUUAUACACGAAUUAUAUACUACGAAACUAUAAAAUGACCACAAUGCCAAUAAUCUAACACUGACAAAGAUAAUUAUCAUUCAAUAAUUCGUUCACAGGCAAAGCUUAAACAAAGAGCGAUUAAACAUCACUUUCUCCGAUAGCAAAAUGGUGACCUCAUAAAUGUUUACGAAAUAGGAAUAGGUAGCUGUGUGGAGGCUACUAUACUUUGAUGGUGACAAGAGAAAGACCGUGAUCAUGGAAGGCGGACAUGUUUAGCUCUCAGAACAGAAAAUACCUUUUCUGAUUGAUUCAAUAAACGGCAUCAUUGCUAUACUUUAAAAUUCACCAUCAAAAAGCCGUAUUUUUGUUGACUGUAUAUUCCUCUUAAAAUAUAAAAAUGGCUAAUUCACUAAUUGUAGGCUACGCAAACAGUGUAUAGAAUGACUAUACUAAGAUAUCUACACCGAUGGAUACAUGUAUGGGGUACCUAAGUUAAGUAGUCAUGCUAGGAAUAGUGGGAAUGCAAUUCAACCAUUCCCGUUCACACAUGUGUCUUACUUGUGUAAAAUUUUCACCUAAAAUAUAUUUUGUGGAUUUCUUUAACUUAUAAUCUCAGACAUUUUGUUAUUAAGUCUAACAUAAUAUUAACAACUUAAAUGGAACGGAGUAUGUGAUUCAAUAUAGUUUUACAUCGUUGAAAUUUUUGCAUGGUUAAUACAAAUAUUUUCAAGUUUCAAGGUUUAAAAUCCUAGGUCAAAGCUAGAUUGACACUUUUGCAGUCCAGUGACUUGUAAGUGUCAACUAAAUGAAUAAAGAACUCUUUAUAUACGAGUCGGAAUCUUGCAGUAGGUUUCUAGAUCUUACACUAGUG